AUGACGUUCAAUGAUUGGUGGCCAUCAUCUAUUGACAGGCCGAAAAACCGUUUAACUGAGGUUGUUCUUGGUUUAUUUUCCUUCAUUCUACUCUACUCUCCCACAAUCCCACAGAUUCCAAUCGUUCUUGUGCCACGUAACUCCAUAUCAUGUAAGAAUCACACGUUAUAUGUCCUCAAUCAUUCAGGAUUUAACCCUUAUACACCGCAUAUCAUCCUCUUCAUUACUUCUAUUAUUUAUUAUUUGCCGACUUCAUCCGAGGUUAGUCCCACUGGCGCGACUGGAAAUACCUCUAAGCCGCUUCUGGGCCCAUCACACCACCGAUUGGGGCUCCCCCGGAUUUCCAUUUAA